GGCGGUCACUCCACACUCAGUCAAAUCUCAGCACUCCACACCUUCUACAAGCAGAAUGCAGUCGCAGCUGGUUGCCCUCACCUUAGUAGUCAUUUUCCUCGUGGGGACAGUGCUUGCUGUGCCCUACAACAACUACGAUGAUCAGCUAUUAGAUGAAUAUAAGCAGCGGCUUGAGAACUACUUGAUGUCUGCCGAUAAGCGCAGCUGCAUUCGGCGGGGGGCAACCUGCGAUGGCCGACCCAACGACUGCUGCAACCAGUCGGCUUGCCGCUGCAAUCUCUGGGGCACCAACUGUCGAUGCCAGAGGGCCGGUCUCUUUCAGUCGCUGGGCAAGAAGUGAGCAGGCCUGCCAGGCUAACAGCGGUCUCCACGGCGGCUCGUCGGCAAAAUACCUACUUCGUCAUUUUCGUUUGCUCCAGUGUGGAUGUCAAAACAAGAAGUGUCAGCUUUGUGUUGUCUUUACAGAUGUCGCUCGCUGUUGUACUUCGUUGGUUGCAGUAAAAGUAGCAGUCUAGUGCGUGUACCGGACGAACAAAAGAUACGAAGAUAAUUAAGGGCGAACUGAUCAGUAAUGAGUACUUUUUCUUUGGUGAUUCCUGUACUGGCUAUGUUUCGUCACUUUUAGCCUUCUAGCUCAGUUGAAAAAGGUAGCAGAACGUGACGACAUAAAAAUCGGAUGUCUUGUCGUCUUUUGGGACAUCUUUUGCUGAUGUGACCACAUAGCUGGUUGAAAGAUUCUUUUGGAAGUCUAUGUGCCAACAUGUUUUUGUGGCACUACAAAAUAAAUUGUAAGGCCCCAUAAGAACAUUUCUCUUGUGACAUCACAUUUUUCGCUGUAUUAAGAAAAUUCCUUUUCCUAGUUCAAGUCUCUAUUCUAACAAUAUUCACGUGACAGAAUUGUUUCUGUUGUUAGGACAACAAAUGUUUGUUGCCCAAUGGACUAGGCUGACACCACAUCAGGAAACUGAAAUAAUUACCAAAAAAUCUGUAGUAACAGCAAGUUCUGUGGUCAUUUUCAACUGCGAAAUGUUAACGCCCCUCCCCCUAAACAAAAUUGAAAGGGUUUAGUCUAAAAGGCAGUGGGCUGAGACUCCCGUUAUUUUUUUUAUGUUGCUCAACGUUACUACAGGAUGGCGCAUAAUCUUAAAAACACACACAGUUGUACAUAGCUGGAGUAUCGCUAUUACAGAAUAAUGACACCGAGUAAAUCACCAAUUAAUUUAUUUUUCUCUGUGAAGUGAUCCAACCUUCACAUCAGUUUUUGAUGGCUUUUGCUUUGAGGCUCUGUCAGAGACGCUGGAGAUAAAAUCGCCUUUUGAUUUAUAUAUAAUAUACUUUUCGUUGAUAUCGAACCUGCUUCUGCCUAAGAAACUACUGACUGUUUUGUUUGCGGGGUGGUCGCUCACUCGGAUUAGCCACACCAAGGAACUAGUACUCGGCUUGAGACAAAGAAUAUGGUUUGAUGUAGCAUGGUAAGACUUGAUCUAGGACCGUAAAAUGGCCUAGCGUAUGAUUAAGACCUGACACAUCAUAUAUCUGUUCAUAAUCGUCGUUAAGGUGUGACAGCACGUAAUGUUUAUGUACAUGUUAUAUAAACAUUGUGUUCCCAUCUGUUUGACAACGUAUAUAAAAAUAUAUGAAUGUAACUCUAAGGUGUUAACCAAGGGUGUACUGUUGGCUUUACUACCUAACAACGUUGUUGUUGUCAGUUAGUGAUUCACUGUGAUCUCUAUGUUGUUGGUUCUUCCUCUUAAAAGGAAAAUGUUACGCUUGUGUUCAUGUGACUGUUGCGGGAUAGCAUUCUCGAGCACCUUUUUUUCUGUGAAUUGUUGACAUCAUCUCGGGGUCGCUACUGCUCACACAAAAACUGCACGAAUUUCCUUCUUAUUUUCUUCUACUGCUUUGACGAUCCUGCACAAUGUCCGGCCUACUUGUUGAAAUGAAAGUGAGGUUUAAAAAAAGCGUCGCAUUUGUUCAGGUAUCUGUCUGGUGAUAAUUUCUAAACAAGUAUUAUAAGAUGUCAAGAUUGCGCAAGUUUCAAACACACUGGCCAAAUUCGUUACUGCUUCGAGACUUGUCUAAAGCUCCAAACACGUUGCUCUGAUGAAGGAUAAAUUUGCUGGAACGUUUCGUCAGCGUGAACGAUGCUAUGAGUUGUAGCGACACCCCUGUGUGUACCCUCCCAAGCAUUUGCACAACUCUGUAAAAAUAAGCACAAGUUUCCCACCAAAUUGCCCUUUUUUCCUGCAUGACUUCAACUUUCAAUUGUAACAUGACAUUUCCAAACUUCUUCAUUAAAAAACCCGAGUGUGUUUCUGUCCUUGAAACCAGCCUUCGAGGAAGUGAGGACAAAUGACAAGUACCUCUUUCUGGCACCGCACUCUCAAUGCAAUUUUCUGCUAGGACAUCGAAAGUAUUUCCUUUUGCAAAUUCUUUUAAUGCUCCACCAUUACCUGACAUUUGUACGAUUUCGUACCCUUUUUGACACACUUAUCGAUGUGAACGUUAUCUUCUCAAAUGCGUUCAUCUUUCUGUGAUCACUUUCGUUUCUUAAAAGCGAUUGAAAUGAGACAAAGGUUCACGAGGUAUGACAAGAUGAUCAGGUUUAAUAUUGGUUACGCUGUAACGAGUGGUUUUUAUUUCAGACAUGAGUUGUUCGUGAAAUAGGGCUUCCUGGGCCGCAAUUAUUUGUGGCUCCCACAGAUGAAACGUAAAAGAUAUUACAGACAACUCAUCGUUCCACAAGCAGUGCGCACGCAGCUUACAAAGGACACGAUCAAACGCUCUCGACUUUGCUGUGUGAUACUCGGAUGUACCGCUAAUUGAAUUCCUCACACUUGUGUCGUUUCCAUCUCCCUCUUGUGUGAUCCUAGACUGCACCGAGCAGUAAAAACGUGCUACACGAGCUGGUAGCAGGUUUCGAAAUCGAAAUAGUAACGUUACCCUCUGUAUACCUGUGCAUUUCUUUCGUGUUAUUUCUUUUGUAGCCAUCAGUUUUGCGUGAAUAAAGUGAGCAUAUAUUUUCGAGUCUUUUACGUGA